ACAAAGUCGAUGUACAACUUGCAAACCGGAAUGCAUAACUCGUGGAAUCACACCCUUCUCAUCUCCACCCCAUUUCCGUGCACCUCUUCUUCUACUUCUUCUUCACAACCAUACCAUUUGCACCUCAAACUUCGAAUUCCGCUCGAUUUUGAGAAAUCUAAUCCGAAUACACACUCACGGACGCAUACCUUUUGAAUUCGAUCCAGUUACACUGCAACGAAAUUGAGCUAACCAUGGAGCUACUCUGCUCCAGUUGCACACACAUUUCAUCGUCGCUGCCGUCGCCGGCGAUCGGUUAUUUAAAGAGCCAGCUGAAUUAUGUGAAGUUGAACCGGAAGUCUUCAUCUAUAGAUAGGAGCAGAAGGCGGGCGGCCGUUCGAGCUCAGAAGAGCGAUUCGUUGGUACAACUCGACAAGCUUGUUGGUACAAGCAGUAACAGCGCGCUGGACCAGCUCGAUAUUGAACGCGGUGUUUGUGUUCCCUUCCGGAAGUACACACCUGAAUCAGUGAGGAGUAAAGUACUGGAGUCAAGAGGUGCAAUAUUAUCAUUGGUUGGUCGCGGUGUCCAAAUAGUGUGGAAUUUGGGGUUCUAUUGGUCUACCUUGAUGUAUGAUUUUCUUGUUGGUCGAGAUGAAGAAGUUGUUCCUUUCCGCGCUCGCCAACUGAGGAAUCUCCUCUGUGACUUGGGCCCUUCUUUCAUCAAAGUUGGACAGGUGCUUGCUAAUAGGCCUGAUAUUAUUAGAGAGGAUUACAUGAAUGAAUUAUGCAUCCUUCAAGAUGAUGUUCCCCCUUUUCCUAAUCAGGUAGCUUUUGGCAUUAUAGAGGAGGAGCUAGGUCAACCUCUUGAGGCGGUUUUCAGCAAAAUUUCUUCACAGACAAUUGCAGCGGCUAGCUUGGGCCAAGUUUAUCGAGCCACUCUCCGAUCAUCUGGCGAGGAUGUUGCUAUUAAGGUACAAAGGCCUGAGAUAGAGCCCAUCAUUUAUAGAGAUCUUUUCCUUUUUCGUACUCUAGCAUCGUUCUUGAAUGGCAUCAGCCUGCAAAAACUGGGUUGUAAUGCAGAGCUUAUAGUGGAUGAAUUUGGUGAGAAGCUGUUGGAGGAGCUUGAUUAUACCCUGGAAGCCCGUAACAUUGAGGAUUUCCUAGAGAAUUUCAAGAAUGACCCUACAGUUAAAAUUCCUGGUGUUUAUAAGCAACUUAGUGGUCCACGCGUGUUGGUCAUGGAGUGGAUUGAUGGAAUUCGAUGCACGGACCCCCAGGCUAUUAAGGAUGAAGGAAUUAAUGUGAAUGGGUUUCUGACUGUUGGAGUGAGUGCUGCACUCCGGCAAUUGUUAGAAUUCGGUCUAUUUCACGGGGAUCCACACCCUGGAAAUAUCUUUGCCAUGCGCGAUGGACGUAUUGCUUAUGUCGACUUUGGAAAUGUGGCUGUUCUCAGUCAGCAAAAUAAACAGAUUCUUAUAGAUGCUGUCGUCCAUGCUGUAAAUGAAGAUUAUGCUGAGAUGGCCAAUGAUUUUACCAGGCUCGGUUUUCUAGCUAGUGGAACUGAUGUCUCCCCCAUAGUUCCAGCUUUGGAAGCAAUCUGGCAAAAUUCUGUUGGGAAAGGGCUAUCUGACUUUAAUUUCAGAAGUGUUACAGGAAAGUUCAAUCAGCUAGUGUACAAUUAUCCUAUUCGCAUUCCAGAGAGGUUCUCUCUUGUUAUUCGCUCUUUAUUGACCCAAGAAGGAAUUUGCUUCACCCUACAGCGCGAUUUCAAAUUUUUAGAGGUCGCCUAUCCUUACGUGGCAAAACGCCUCCUCACGGAUCCCAAUCCUGCAUUACGCGAACGUCUUAUUCAGGUUUUGUUUAAAGACGGCGUUUUCCAGUGGAAACGACUUGAGAAUCUAAUUAUUCUAGCAAAGGAGAAUGUGGCAAAGAUGAGCAGCAACCCUGCUUUCACUCAAAGGUCUAGACAGCAACAAGUUGAAAAGAAAUUAGACCUCACAGACACAAUCAAGGAUGGAACUCGUCUCUUCCUCCUUGAUGAAGGAAUUCGUAGACAGCUUCUUCUUGCUCUUACUGAAGACUCAAAACUUCAUAUACAGGAGCUUGUAGAUGUGUACAGACUGCUCGAGGACCAGAUUGAUGUACCUUCAGUAGCUCUGCAAGUUGCACAAGAUCUUCCUUCUGUUGCUCGGGAUGUAAUACUUUCGUGGAGCGCGUCAGUGUUAUCCGAGAGAUGAGCUCAUCUUUUGGUAUUUUAUUACUUCUCCCUGCCUAGAAUCUCAUGUUUUCUUUUUGUUGCAGGGUGUAUAUCAGUUUAAUUAACAUUUGUACAUAAACAUCAAUUUUCUGUAUAUAGAAAUACCAUAAUGUAAGUAAAUGAGGUGGUCAAUCUAUGGAGAGACGUUAUCUGCUUUAUAGAAGUAUUUAAGGGUUUAUUUUUCAAA